AUGGUAGAGUCACGUGAAUACCGGCUCAUGUCGGUUUGGUGGGUUGGGCUGGUCUGGGCAAGUCACGCUUGGUGGAUCCAGCUUCUGCAGUACCUGGUGACGCCCAGUGCCCGCACCGGCAAGUCUUUCCUCAUCAGCCGAAUCAGCCGUUUGAUGGAAGCCAACAGAUGCGUACUGGUUUGUGGGGAGACAGGCGAUGGCAAGUCUACCCUCAUCCGCAAUCUCGUGGGAGCAUCUUCAAUCAAGCCUGACACCUCUUACCACACCAUGCCGCCGCCCGUAGACAAACAUCUGUCUACCCACGAUCUCAUUGACAUGCCGGGUUGUGGUGAUCCGAUCACACAGCUGUCGGUCAGAGCAGCGAAGAUAUUGGCCGUCACGACCAGACAGCUGUCGGAAAAAUUGGUACUUGUAAGUCAGAGCCAGAAGCAAAACACAGCAGAUCGGCAUCUCACGGAAUCUCUUCAGAUGAAGCGGGCGUUGCAUGGAGAUUUGCCUCACCAUUCCGUGGCUGUCACUCUGCACGAGCUGGGCAUGCUCUUGAAGGCGAAGGGUGAUUUGGAGGUAGCAGAGCGGCAUCUCACGGAAUCUCUCCAGAUGCAGCGGGCGGUGCGUGGAGAGCUCGCUCACCAGUCUGCGGCUGUCACUCUGCACGAGCUGGGCAUGCUCUUCAAGGAGAAGGAUGGCAUGGAAGCUGACCGCGACGGUGGCACGGCUCUACAUCUGGCUGCCAAGCUAGGGCAUGACAAGGUUGUGGAGGCAUUGGUUUCAGCAGAUCCAAAUCAGGCGGACAGAAGUUAUUAUACAGCUCUACAUCUUGCUACCAAGCGUUUGGCAGGGCAAGCCACUGAUUUGAUUUCGAGCUUGUUAAACAGCUUUCGUCAACUGCGCGAUUGCAUGCGAGCAGGUGUGGGCCAGGUUCUUCUUCUGAAGUGUGGACUCGUUGGCUUGUACAGACGCCAAGAUUUUAGGCCGAAGCAUUGUCUACAUUGA